CAAAAUCAGUUCAACGAAAAAUUCAACGAAUUUUACCCAAUAAAGUAAAAACUAAACAUUUCUUAGCAGAUAUUGUGCAUGGAAAAAAAGAAGUUGAAGGUGUAACCUUAUGAGUCGCUCGUCGCUCGUCGCUCGUUUGCAGCGACAAAUCUGGUCACGUGAUAUGUAGCACUACAGCUCGAAAUGUUGAGCUUUGUCAAAGAUCAUAUAUAAGGAAAAUACUAUAGAAUAGAGAAAUUCACAGAAAAACGAUCGCGAUUGAGCUGCGUGACAAGUCGAUAUAAAAGUGGUGCUGUAACGGUCUCUACAUUAGUCCCCGCAAAUAAUGGCAUCGAAAAAGUAAAACACUAUUAUAUCGAUAUUUUUAUGCAAUCCUAUUUCUUUCAUUUGUAUCACUGCCAUGGGGUACGAAUGAGGUUAGGAAGUCAGCACCACGGGGUAACGUUCUGACCAGAUUUAUCGCUGCAAACGAACGACCAGAGACUGCAUGAAGUAGCGACUUUUGCGAAUCGCAGGAAAUUUAAAAUGGGGUCACGGGGAAAUUAAAAACGAGCGACAAGCAACUCAUGAGGCUAUACCUUAAUGCUUGUUUUAGAAUUUAUACUCUGUAAAAAAUAUUAUGUUCUUUUCAAUAAUCUGUGGUAAAAAGUUUAAUUUUCAUGGCGGUAAAUGGUUUUCAAAUAAAGGUGAAUUCUAUGUAGGUGGUGCUUCAAAGCACGGUAGAAGAAAAUUAUUUUUGUUGUGAUACCGUCAAUUUAUUUUUAAUUGGUUUUACAAGUCAACCUGUGUCCACCUGUGGAUUUAUUAUAAUCAUAUCGAAAUGGAACCCUCCAAACAGAAUCUAGGGUUUAUGUCAAUUUAUCGCUUAAAGUUUUACAAAAAUAAGAAAGAUUGGAAGCUUAGCAGCGAUGUCAAGAAACCUUUACCAAAAUCCGAAAGUGAAAGUGAAGGGCAGAUGGAGAUGGACUGCGAGCCAGAGCCAUCUUUCAAACAGUGUCUAGAUGAAGAACUAGGUGCACAUGAAGAGCCGGAGCCGGUGCAGAGCAUAAAAGCUGAUGCCCCAGGCCUGGGUAACAAUGUCUGGACUAACCGGCAGUGGACCGAGCAGAGGCCAGCAGUCGAUCACCAGGCAGCCAUGGAUUACCAGCGGGCGAUGGAGUAUCUUGAUGCGGCCGCUGCGCUCGAUCCGAAGGACUUCGCCCUCCCAGACACAUACGAACCGCUUCAACCGCAAAUACAGCGUCCACCAGUAGAGCAAAACUCACAGCGAGGGUACAGGCUUCGCCAGCAACUGGAGCUGUCCUCCCUGGGGGACAGUUUGGCGCGGACUGAGCAGUGGCUGCAGCGGCGCGGCUACAAAGACCUGCACUACGACCAGCCGGUAGGCGCUGAGCAUAUUGCGCCAAACAGCUUAGAGGUCGACCUCAGCAUUGAUGAACAAAACGUACUGGCGGGGUGUCCGUGCGUGGCUGGGCUACCUCCCGGUCCGGAGGCCGUGUCCCGCCUCGUGCGUUCCUUGCGAAACAUACUGGAAGAACUGAUCAGAAGAGAGGCUUUGGGUCCUCCAAUGCAUUACGUGACUCGAGAGGAAUACGAUGAGCACCUGACACGCGCCAGUGAUCCCUCGUACACACUGGACCCGGUGAUAGCUGGCUCACAUUUAGCCGUACCCUCUGCGCCAUCGCCGACUCCCAGCCUUGACCUGCCCUGCACGCCGCGCGGUCGCGGCCGCUUACUUGCGUCCUCGCUCAACAUGGACCCGCCCUGCAUUACACCUGGCCGCGGCUUUCACAUGAGCUCGCCCAAAAAAUAUUAAGCUGAAUGUUGCCAGCAAAUGCAUUUCACUAUUUUUUCAUUAACAUUACAAGAAUAAAUAUUUUUAUAGCCAUAUUGUAAUUAUAUAGAAUCAAUAUCCACGUUUUCGAUCGAUCCGUUCAACAAGGUGGUGCAUUACUUGUUUUUGUUUCUUUAUGACCUAAGUCCGUUUACAUAUAUAGUUUUUACUCAAGUAGCUUAGAUAUUAUAUAAAGUAAGUUAAGACAGGACCUAGUCUUGUAAUAAUAAUGUUAAAAAUUUAAUAUUAAUAUUGUUUAUCCCAUCUUAUCGUUGAUACAUGUGUAUCUGGGACUAGUUUUUUUUUGUAGGUAUGUUACCUAUUUCUGUCGUUAAUUUUUUGUGUUAUAAAUAUUUGAUUGUGACAUUGUUUAUCCCGUAUAAUUAUCUGACGAUUGACGAGUGCCUUUAUUGUAUUUUUGAUACACUUUAGGAGAGAGCAACUCAGUAGGAAAAUUAAAAAAUCUAUUGAUUAAAAAAACUUUGUUUUAUUCUAAUCAAAUAGAAAUCAAAAGAGCGCCGAUUAUCUGAAUCAAUUGGGACCGAUUGCGAUAAUCGGAUAUAGACUUAAUUAAGACAUCAAUAAGUAUUCUAUUUCGGUACCAACGCUUUCAUUUGAGUUUUUACUCGAGUACAUUUGCAGACAUAUAUUAUAGUUAUUCUUCCCCAUUUUUAUCGCAGCAACGUUUAAAUGGCUCAGUGGUUUUUUUUUUUAAUUCGCAAAUAAUUCAUCUUUCAUGUCAAACAAAAUUUAAAGCGCAUAGGUAAUCCGUUCCUGACCUAUGAUGGCACAGACAGAUUUAUAACACCACUCCUUUUGCUUCGGGCCUUAAAGAAAGGCUGUCGCGUGUCAGGCAAUUUUUCCUUUUUUACACUUUAAUAUUAGCUUCACUUGUAAUGUAUAUAAGAAAAUCUUGGAAUCUUAAUUUGACCCACUUCCCGGUCUUCGAUUAGGAUGAAAUUUUGCACACGCUCUGAGUUCUGAUGACAAUGCAUGACCUGUGAUGCAUGACUAGCUAAGAAAAGUCAUUACAAAUCCAAUAUGGCGGCCUCCCCAAGAUGGCGGACUGGCUGUUUGAAAUCUACCCCCAUGAUAUGGGUAUCAAAUAAAAGGGUUU